CUUGUGCUCUGUCCACGUCAGUAUAUAACUGUUGUAACGUAACCUCAAAAUUUAUAAUCCGGUAUUUGAUCUUGCCAAUGAGCAAGAUAUUUGCGUACAUGUCAAUUUUAUACAUUGUAUAACAUAAACAAGAAUAUUGCAACAUGAAUUGGACAUUGUGCCUUUUUAUAAUCGGAUGUUUUUGUUGUAAAUAUUUAUAUGCUCAACAACAAAGAAUUCCACCAGGUGUAUCACCCCAACAUUAUCAACAACCUCAAUUUCAACAAGUACAUCAGGUACCACAACAAAUUCCUCAACAACAGUUCCAGCAAAUGCCAGGACAGGUACCUAUGCAACAAGUUCCUGUUCAACAAGUACCUGUACAACAACAGCACAUUCCAACUCAUCAGGUACCAAUUCAACAAGAACAUGGACAAGCAAUACUCAAUGCUGCUAAUAUAGUGCAUGAAAAAGCUCAUAUUGCAGAACACAUGGAAGUUCCAAUAGAUACUAGUAAAAUGACAGAACAAGAACUACAGUUUCAUUAUUUUAAAAUGCAUGAUGCAGAUAAUAACAAUAAGUUAGAUGGUUGUGAACUUAUAAAGUCCUUAAUACAUUGGCAUGAACAAGAGAAGAAAGAAGUAGGUGGAGUCAAUACUGGACCAAAAUUAUUUAAGGAUGAGGAAUUGGUUACUUUAAUAGAUCCAAUACUAUCUUUGGACGAUACAAAUAAUGAUGGAUAUAUUGAUUAUCCUGAAUUUAUACAAGCACAGAAAAAUGCAGGAGCUACUGGUCGACAGUAAUUGCAUUCAAUAAUACAAUGUUUAAUAUUAUUAAA